UUAUUCCGGUAUAUAUGCGCGCUCCCAGUCGAUGAGGCAUGGAUUGAGAAAUUUUUGAUUUUAAAGUUUUUAAAUCACGUUUUUCAUCAAAUUGUUAAAAAUGGUGAAUUUUAAAGCAAAUAUUUUAUCAAAUAUCCCGAAAAGAUAUCUGCCUAUUGUUUUACUAAAGAAACUUCAAAUCUCUACAAUAAAUAACCCUACUUUUUUGUGUUCACCUGUCACAAAAUCAAAGUUACAAAAAAGUUUAGCGAAAAACGUUUACCGGGUUGAAAUUAAAGAUCAAAAUAAUAACCAAGGUCAAUUGGAUGAAUAUAAUUUGGAUAAAGAAGAUAUUAUUCCAACUUGUUUCAAUUCAGAAACUGAAUUCCGAAGACAUGAUAUAGAAGUUUUAUCAACACAUGAUCAUGAUUUAAAAAUUAUAUCCGAAAAUUGUCAAGAGAAUGACAAUUGUGAAAAUUUCAGUGGGCAAGUUUUAGAGAGCGACCAUUAUUGUCCCGCCAAGACAAGACAAGUUGAAGUCGAAGUUUAUUCACCGGGAUUUUCUUCAGAAAAACAAGAAUUAUUUUCUGAUGAACAGAUUUUUGAGAAGGUUCCUCAGAUAACUUCUUUUUCUAACGUAGAGAAUGACGAACUACAGACAGAGGAAUCGGAGGUUGACGUUGAAGGCUUGAGUGAGUCUGACGAAGAAAGUAGCAGCAGUAUUCGAACUGAAAAUUUUAAUAAAAGCUUAUACGAAAAUGAAUUAAAAGUACUUGACCUAACAAGUGAUUCAUCAAUGUCUAAUGAUGAAUCAUCAGCGAAAUAUCAGCCGCCUGAGAUUGCUAACACGAUUAAUGAACAUAAUGAUCAUGGUAACACGAUUGAUGAAGAUAAUGAUCGUGGUAACACGAUUGAUGAACAUAAUGAUCGUGUUAACACGAUUAAUGAACAUAAUGAUCGUGAUUAUAUAUCCAAGUUUCUUAAGGAUCACAAUCAAGUCAAAAACCAGGUUAUUAGUAAAUAUAAAAGAAAGAAACAGCUCAAGAAAUGCCCCGAGUGCGAUUUUGUGACUAUGUGGAAUUUACGCCGUCAUAUGGUCCGACAUAGCUCUGAUCGACCUUAUAAAUGUUCUGAUUGCAACUAUUCUAGUAAAACUAAAUGUACAUUGAAAAUUCACAUUCGCUCCCAUUCAGAUGAGAAAAAUUUUAAAUGCUCAGUAUGUCCAUAUCGCAGCCAAUUCCUACCUAAUUUGCAGCGGCACAUUCGUAUUCACACUGGAUUUCGUCCCUAUAAAUGCAGUCAAUGUUUCUUCGCAAGUGCCUAUUUAGAGAAUUUAAAGCGUCAUAGCUUUACUCAUACUGGUAUUCGCCCCUUUAAAUGUUCAGUAUGUUCCUUCGGCAGUAUAACUUAUCACGGUCUUCGGGUUCAUUCAAAAACUCAUAAUACUGUAAAAUCAUUCAAAUGUACUCAAUGCUUGUAUGCCACUACAACGAAAGACAAUUUGAUGCGGCAUUCUCGUAGGCAUUUAAGAACAAAAUCUUACAAAUGUUCACAUUGCUUAUUUGCAACCAAAACUUUGAGAAUUUUCAAGCAACAUUUGCGUACACAUGAAGAAAAAGAUUCAACUGAUACGAAUACAAACAAAUCAGAAAUACAAUUAAAGAGUUUAAAUAAUACAACAAAACAAUGUUAUUCUUGUUACGAUUGUAAAAUGUCAUUUAAAAGAAAAACAUCAUUGGAAAAACACUGGAAGUUGCAUCAUUACUCCCAAAUUCAAAAAGAUAAUAAUUAUCAUUGCUCACUGUGACAAGAAAUGUCGACGAGUAAUGGUUCUUUUAUUCAACAUCUUCAGUUGGCUCAUGAAAUGAAUUCUUCAAAUAACAAAACAUAAGUUAUUACCAUAAAAUAAGAAAUUGGAUAGUAGAAUUAUUCUACAUAAUUGAUUUAUCAAUAAG